UGCACAGGUACCUACCACACAAUUUUUCUACGAAGAAGAUAAUAGUGUCGCUUUACUAUUAUCUAUCUAUACUCAGUAUUUGUGUGAAAUAUUCCGACAGUAAAUUCAUUAACAUUGUGCAAAGGCGUCGUUAGUUGAAUGUGUUAAAAAAAUGUAUAGCAAAAAUUUUAACGAAAUUUCCAUCGUUGAACGAAUCUACCAACGAAUUUUAGGAUUACGAAACUCAGAUGGUCAAGAAGAAAUAAACCAGGCUGUUGGUCAACAAAAUGGGCAGCAAAGCAACGUCUCCAAAGUCAUGAAGUCGAUUACUCGAAAGAAUAGGAUUGAUACCUUGAUGCAGAUAUUCUUGGCCGAAUUUUUCGGCGCUGCUUGUCUGAUGUAUUUUGGAUGUAUGGGUUGUUUUGGCAGUGUUACCGAAGUGGCUAAAUUACCACCGAUGCAAGGAGGAUUAGUGUUUGGAUUUGUUGUUGCAUCCUUAAUUCAAGGCAUCGGACAUAUCAGCGACGCUCAUUUGAAUCCUUCGGUAACCUUGUGUGCCUUAAUUUUGAAAAGGAUAAACGUAUACACUGCCAUUAUCUACCUAAUAGCCGAAUGUUUAGGAUGUACUUUUGGAUUAUGGUUACUGCAAGCUACCACACAAGACAUAUUUAUCGAAUACAUGACGAGUAAUUCGACUAGCGGAUUUUGCACGACAACCAUACAUCCGUCAAUUGGCAUCGUGCGAGGAUUUUCAAUAGAAUUUUUGUGUACUGCCUUCUUGAUGUAUGUCGUAUGUUCAGUUUGGGAUUCGCGAAAUGCUCAUAAUUCCGAUUCGACUCCACUCAAAUUCGGCAUUUUGGUCGCAGCUUUAUCUAUUGCAGCUGGUCCGUUCACAGGCUGUAGUAUGAACCCAGCUCGAUCUUUUGCUCCUGCUUUGAUCAACAGCGUAUGGGAUGCGCACUGGGUCUAUUGGUUCGCACCUCUGAGUGGGAGUUUAUGUUCGACUUUGUUUUACAAGUAUUGUUUCACGACGCCAGAACAUCCGUCUGAAAAAUCAACAGAUACGGUUUUAAAAUCGCCCGAUAGUCCGAUUCACGAAAGUAAACCAGCGCUCGGUGGUAAAGGUCAAAAUUCUGUUUGAUUAUUUAAUUGCAAUCAUUUCGAGGCGCUGUGUGAUAUUCAUCAACUAUGACAUUAUGGUAAAAUGAUACCAGUACGUUUCACGUAGCUUAUGUGAUGGAAAAAAAAAUUAAGUUAUUAUUUCAACUAGAGAUUCAAUUUCAUGCUACGUGUUACGUUAUGAUUAUGUGAUUGAAACCUUUUCUUAUACCUAGCUGUGGUAUUUGGCCUAAUUGAAGGCGUUGUGUUGUUUUUUUUUUUUUAAUGAAUGGAUUCCAAGUAUUAAGUUAUGAUGGUUUUUAACGAGUAGUUAAUGAGGGUACAUUUUACAGCUGUUGUGAAAUUGUGAUUCGUCUAUCGCGUAAUUGCUUUGAUAAGAGUGGCCCUGAAUUUUUUCGAGAAUUUUAUUCAAAAGUAUAAGAUAGGGUACGUGGAGUGAUUGAUGACUAAAUUGAGAAAUACCGGUACGUAUAAACGUCAAGUCGGGAUGUUUUGUUACAUGACAUGUAACGAAAUUAUGAUAAGACUGUAAAGUGUACCCUCUCUUAUGAGCUAGGAGAUGUGUAUUAUUUAUGUACUACCAAGUACGAAUUACCUAUCCAUGAUCACUUUUUUUAAAAGCUUUGGUAUUUUUAUAAUUUAUUCGUGAUUAUUUUACAAUUUUCGCUCUUUUUUGCUGUGAAUUUUUUUUUAUUGUUUUAUUUUUUUAUAAUGUAUUUUUAUAUUUCAGCAGGAAUAUUAUAAUUACUGUAUUUUAAAUUCAGUUUUAUACAUACUUUGAAAGUCAUUUCAGCUACUUACUUAUCAUUUAUCAAAUAAAACGUUGGGAUACCCAGUGAAUUUGAAUUAUUAUGUUUAUUUGUAUUUGAGAAACCCUAUAAAUUAGAUCUGUUCGUCGAUAACGUGUUAUUUUACAUAAUUUGUUUUAUUUUACUUGUACGAGAAAUAAAUCAUUCGUGUUUGUUUCAA